AACAGAGAACCUCCUAUACCUGCUUAGUGCUAGCUAGCUGCUCAAGUGGUAAGGGAAAUGGCCUCCUCCUCCUCCACGGUGGUUGCACUUGCUGCACUCUUCUCCCUCCUCGUCACAUAUGGCUCGUGCGCUAGGCCGGUGAACUUUAACGCCUCCGACUUCACCGCCGACCCCAACUGGGAGGCCGCCAGGGCCACCUGGUACGGGGCGCCCACCGGCGCUGGCCCUGACGACGACGGUGGCGCCUGCGGGUUCAAGAACGUGAACCUGCCGCCGUUCUCGGCCAUGACGUCCUGCGGCAACGAGCCCCUGUUCAAGGACGGCAAGGGCUGCGGCUCAUGCUAUCAGAUAAGAUGCGUCAACCACCCUGCCUGCUCCGGCAACCCGGAGACGGUCAUCAUCACGGACAUGAACUACUACCCGGUCGCCAAGUACCACUUCGACCUCAGCGGCACGGCGUUCGGCGCCAUGUCCAAGCCCGGCCGCAACGACGAGCUCCGCCACGCCGGCAUCAUCGACAUCCAGUUCAAGAGGGUGCCCUGCAACUACCCCGGACAGAAGGUGACGUUCCACGUCGAGGAGGGCUCGAACUCGGUCUACCUCGCGGUGCUCGUCGAGUUCGAAGACGGCGACGGCGACGUGGUGCAGGUGGACCUCAUGGAGGCCAACUCCGGGUCGUGGACGCCGAUGCGCGAGUCGUGGGGAUCCAUCUGGAGGAUGGACGCCAACCACCGGCUGCAGGCGCCCUUCUCGCUGCGCAUCACCAACGAGUCCGGCAGAACCCUGGUGGCCAACAAGGUCAUCCCGGCCAACUGGGUGCCCAACACUUACUACCGCUCCAUCAUCCAGUAUUAGCUCAUGAUCUGCUGCUGCACACAAUUAUUUGGUGUCACUGGUAUUGUAUCAUAUAUCUUUGUUGCAUUGGAUCGAGGUGCCUUAGAUAGUAGGUGAUGAGACAUUCUUGUGUGUCUGCAAGAGAUUGAGAUGGGAAAUGGAGGAGGCAAGUUUGCAUGUGCUUUCCCGCCCAUUGUCAAUGUUGUACCAGUGUGAUCAAGGUUAUAAAUUAUAAAAUGUAUUUUUAUGGCUUCA